GGGCGGCGGCCAUGGAGCGGGUGAACGACGCUUCCUGCGGCCCGUCGGGCUGCUACACCUACCAGGUGAGCAGGCACAGCACCGAGAUGCUGCACAACCUGAACCAGCAGCGCAAAAACGGCGGGCGCUUCUGCGACGUGCUCCUGCGGGUGGGAGACGAGAGCUUUCCAGCGCACCGCGCCGUGCUGGCCGCCUGCAGCGAGUACUUUGAGUCAGUGUUCAGCGCCCAGUUGGGUGAUGGCGGAGCUGCGGACGGGGGUCCCGCUGAUGUGGGGGGUGCAGCGGCGGCCCCGGGCAGUGGGGCUGGGGGCAGCCGGGAGCUGGAGAUGCACACCAUCAGCUCAAAGGUGUUCGGGGACAUCCUGGACUUCGCCUACACUUCUCGCAUCGUGGUUCGCCUGGAGAGCUUCCCCGAGCUCAUGACGGCUGCCAAGUUCCUGCUGAUGAGGUCGGUCAUUGAGAUCUGCCAGGAAGUCAUCAAACAGUCCAAUGUGCAGAUCCUGGUGCCCCCUGCCCGGGCUGACAUCAUGCUCUUUCGUCCUCCUGGGACCUCGGACUUGGGCUUCCCUUUGGACAUGACCAACGGGGCAGCCUUGGCAGCCAACAGCAAUGGCAUCGCAGGCAGCAUGCAGCCCGAGGAGGAGGCAGCUCGGGCAGCUGGUGCAGCCAUUGCCAGUCAAGCCUCCCUGCCUGUGUUACCUGGGGUGGACCGCUUGCCCAUGGUGGCUGGACCCCUGUCCCCUCAACUGCUGACUUCCCCAUUCCCCAAUGUGGCAUCCAGUGCCCCUCCCCUGACUGGGAAACGAGGCCGGGGCCGCCCAAGGAAGGCCAACCUGCUGGACUCAAUGUUUGGGUCCCCAGGGGGCCUGAGGGAGGCAGGCAUCCUUCCAUGUGGCCUGUGUGGAAAGGUGUUCACUGAUGCCAACCGGCUCCGGCAGCAUGAGGCCCAGCAUGGUGUCACCAGCCUCCAACUGGGCUACAUCGACCUUCCUCCUCCGAGGCUGGGUGAGAAUGGGCUACCCAUCUCUGAGGACCCCGAUGGGCCCAGAAAGAGGAGCCGGACCAGGAAGCAGGUGGCAUGUGAGAUCUGCGGCAAGAUCUUCCGUGAUGUGUACCAUCUCAAUCGGCACAAGCUUUCUCACUCGGGGGAGAAGCCCUAUUCCUGCCCUGUGUGUGGGCUGAGGUUCAAGAGAAAAGAUCGCAUGUCCUACCAUGUGCGGUCCCACGAUGGGUCUGUGGGCAAGCCCUACAUCUGCCAGAGCUGUGGGAAAGGCUUCUCCAGGCCUGAUCACUUGAACGGACAUAUCAAGCAGGUGCACACUUCUGAGCGGCCUCACAAGUGUCAGACCUGCAAUGCUUCUUUUGCCACCCGAGAUCGCCUGCGCUCCCACCUGGCCUGUCAUGAAGACAAAGUGCCCUGCCAGGUGUGUGGGAAGUACUUGCGGGCAGCGUACAUGGCAGACCACCUGAAGAAGCACAGUGAGGGGCCCAGCAACUUCUGCAGUAUCUGUAACCGAGGUUUCUCCUCUGCCUCCUACUUAAAGGUCCAUGUUAAAACCCACCACGGUGUUCCCCUUCCCCAGGUCUCCAGGCACCAGGAGCCCAUACCGAAUGGGGGAGCAGCGUUCCACUGCGCCAGGACCUAUGGCAACAAAGGCCAGAAAUGCUCACAUCAGGAUCCGAUUGAGAGCUCUGACUCCUAUGGUGACCUCUCUGAUGCCAGCGACCUGAAGACGCCAGAGAAGCAGAGCACCAAUGGCUCCUUCUCCUGCGACAUGGCAGUCCCCAAAAACAAAAUGGAGUCUGACGGGGAGAAGAAGUACCCCUGCCCUGAAUGCGGGAGCUUCUUCCGCUCCAAGUCCUACUUGAACAAACACAUCCAGAAGGUGCAUGUCCGGGCUCUCGGGGGCCCCCUGGGGGACCUGGGCCCUGCCCUCGGCUCACCUUUCUCUCCCCAGCAGAACAUGUCUCUCCUUGAGUCCUUUGGGUUCCAGAUUGUUCAGUCGGCAUUUGCAUCAUCUUUAGUAGAUCCUGAGGUUGACCAGCAGCCCAUGGGGCCUGAGGGGAAGUGAGGCAGAUGCUGUGUCCCCGUGGAAAUGGUCAUCCAGGGGCUGCUGAGAAAUGCUGUGAAUGCGGAGGAAAGUGAUGUCUUUGGGUUCUGUAGCUGAGAGAUUUUUAUUCGUUUUUAAACACCCCCCCUCCCCAUCAUCCCAUCCCUUUCCACCACCCAUUCCCCCAGUGGUCUUUAGAGAUAGAUCCUCAUCUGAUACUCUGCAGAAAUAUCUGUGAGACCCAGUAUGGGGCAAGAGCAGGAAACACUACAUAGGCCUCCAAGGCAACACCAGUCCCAGUUUCUCUAAUGGGUAGAAGCUGGAAUUCCUGGUGCUCAAUUCUUAGUGGCCCCCAUCCCAAACCCACACCUGAUGGCAUUCUGGGACCUCAGUGAUUCUGGUCCCCUCCUACUUCUCUAAUCCCUCAUUCCCCCAUCUCACAUCCCUCAAAAGAAACAACAGUAGGUUCUCCUCCCACUUAAACAACUCUGAUGCCCACCUGUCUUUAAGGAAGCUGGAAGCCUCUAGCAUCCCAUGGACCAUGGGGUGAGUGUCCUCCAAGAGCUCCCUGAGCUUGACCCUUGACCUGGAGGGCCCCAGACCUUUCUGAGCUCUGCUUGGAGGCUAGCAUUUUGCUACUAGGACAAGCUUAGCUAUUGAGGACACUCCCAUCCCAAAUUCCAGUUCGUAUGUGAUUUUAACCAUUCAAUUUGCUGUUGGGUUUAAUUCUCUAAUUAUUAUUAUUGUUAUUAUUUUUUUAGGACCAGUUGUAGUGAAUUGCUACUGAAAGCUAUCCCAGGUGAUACAGAGCUCUUUGUAAACCGCAGUCACAAGUUAGGGUUAGUAUUAAACUUUGUUUAGAUGUACCAUAAUUAACUUGGCUAGUUGAUUGUUUGAAGUCUAUGGAAGAAAUAGUUUUAUGCAAAAUUUUAAAAAUACCAGUCUGGUCAGGGAGGUAGGGGGUUUAGUGCUAUUGGGAGCCAGGAAGGCAGGAGAACUGGCAGGUGGAGACAUUGUGUACCUCGAUUGUGUCACAUGUGAACAAGCCCAGGUUGACCCUGUGAUGUGAAUUGAUCUGAUCAGACUGUAUUAAAAACGUUAGUACGUUAGUUUACCUGCUCCCCUGAGUCUGGUUUUUCAGCUGUGGGAGUCUGGGACCCAGAGGGUGGGCAGUCUACACCCCUGCACCUAGGGUGGGGAUAGGAUCCCAGGAGACCUAUCUUCCUUUCAGUGCACCGGUUGCACUGGGACUGACAGGUGAAUGUUCCCACUAAGGACUCAGCUGCCAGCAUUCACCCAUUUGUUCAACAAAUAUUCACUCCUGUUGUCUUCACUGCUGUGUGCCAUGCCCAGUCUCAGACCCUGGGGAUACAGUGGUGAAAGGAUUCCCUUGUGGAGCUUAACAGGAGAGAGACAGUUAACAAGUAAGCAGAUUUAACCUGAGUUCAGAUAAUGAGAAGUCCAAGGAGAAAAACUGGGCAAGCAAGGUAGGAUGGUGACAGCGGGAGGGAAGAUGAGGUGGUAUAGGAAGGUGAGAGGCGGAAGAUGGGACUCUGGGAGAGAAGACCUGGAGUUAGUGGGGACUGGCUAGGACCUAAGGAGGGACAUGGGCAGGCUGAAAAUCCUCAUGGCCAAGGGGCUCUAAGAAGCUUAGCGAGUUGAAUCCCUCCUGAACCCUGUGUUACCUAUGGGGUAGGUGAAAGGUUGUUGCACCUUUAGUGGUGAAUGCAUGAAGGGAAAGAGAACAGCAAACAAGAGGCAAGAAGUGAGCACAGUGAAGAAUUAGUGGGAGCAAGAAUUAGAGAAGGAACAGGCAGACUUACAGCAGUCAGGCAUCUUGAGAAACCUCAGGCAAGAGGGAAACCCCCUUAACUAAUAGAAACGGCAUUUAACCUCCAAACAAGUUUUAAAAAAGUGAUAAAGGAGAAAAAUAAACAGACCACGAGGAACAAACAAAGUAUAAAACGACUUAGAUUCACAUGCAUAUCAGUAAUUACAUUGUUCUGGUUUAAAGGCAGACUCAGAACUGUAUUUAAAAAAAACAAACAAACAACCUUUAAACCACCUACUCAAAAUCUUAGGUAAGUUGCUGGACUCUGGAAUGUGGGAUGGAAGCCUGGGCUGUUUGGUGUGAGUAUCAGAGAAAAGCACUCUAGAAGGCUGAGACGCUGUGGACAUGUAACUUUGUGACCACUACACAAUCUGCCAGCUGGUCGUAUUGCUGGGCAUUAAAUCCCAGCCUUGAACCAGGC